AUGCCAAAUGGACCUAAAAUCGAUGCUAAAGAAAAGGAUGGAUUUCUAACGGAGCCUCCAUUGUUCAAUCUAUUAGUUGCUCACAUACCUGGAGAUGAUAAAUUGAUCGGUUAUGCUUUAUAUUAUAAUAAAUAUUCAACGUGGACUGGAAAGGCUAUGGUUUUAGAAGAUUUAUAUUCCAUCGACACAGGAUGUCAGCAAUUAGAUUUUGAAGUAUUAAGUUGGAAUCCGGCCACAAAAUUUUAUAAAUAUUUUGGAGCUCAAAAUAUAACUGAAAAAGAUUCAUGGCACAUGUAUAGAAUCGGUGAAGUAAAUCAAUGGUACGAAUCAUUAAGAAAUCAAAAAUUAGAUCAAAAUGAUAAGACGUCCGUCAUUUGGUGUAAGUAUAAAACCGAUUUAGAAACUACAAAAUCACUUUUGUCGAUUCUUCCUAAAAAAAUAAGUCACGAUGUUAUGGUUCCUAUCGGUCCAAAAGCUUUAAUGAGGGGAAAAUUAGUACACACUAACGAAUAUUUAGUUAAUUUGGGUGAAACGUGGUUUGUUAAAAAAACUGCACAUCAAACCCUAGAAUUAUGCAAUCGUAGAAUUAAAAAUUGUAAUGAAAUGAUUCAGAAGUUGGAAAAGGAAAAAGAAUUAAUUUUAAAUAAAACAAUUUUACCUGAGGAAGAAGAUGCAUUCGGAAAUGCUGAAAGACCUGAAAUAAUUGAAUAUGUUACCGAAGAAGAAAAUGAAGAAUGGAACAAGCAGCAUAGGUUAAAAGAAAAAGAAUAUAGAUUAAAGUUAGCCGAAUUGAGAAAUAAAGAAAAAAAGACAAUCGAUACAGAAGAAGAUCUUUGGAAACAUUUAGACGAACUUGAACUUCGAGAAGAAUUAGAAGAUGAAUUAAACAGAUUAAACGAAGAUUAUAGUAGUAGUGAUGAUGAUAUUGAAAAUGAUUCAUUAGAAGAUGGUGGUGAUGAAAAUGAUAGUAAAGUAAUUUCAGUAAAUAAAAAUUCUACUAGGAAUGAUACUGUUAAUAAGCCAGAAUCUAUUAACGAUUGUUUUGAUGAAACAAUCGAAAACAAUAUUAAUAAUAAUAAUAAUAGUAAUACUGCAAGUAACAGUAACAGUAAUAAAAAAAGAAAAGUUUCUUUUGCUUGUGAUAUUAAUUCAUCAGAUGAGGAACCUCUUAGAUUGGAAAUAAAAUUUUCCAAUGUUGAACCUAUAAAAAACUUGAAAAAUAAUUCGGAAAUAAAUUCACCAAGUGAUAUCUACGAUAAUUAUUCUGGAUUGUUAAAAACAUCUCAAACCUCUGUACUAAAAAACUCAUUUAAUCCUAAUAAAGAAAAAGAAUUGGAAAAAGUUAAAAAAUUGAAAAGUUAUUAUGAUAGUGAAAGCGAAGGUGAAGAAUGUUCAAUACAUUCAACAUCAACGAUUGUAUUUAAUGAUGUCGCAGAAAGAAAUUCAUUUGAUGAUAGUAGUACUGUAAAAAAAUUUGAAUCGAAUAAUAAAAAAAUAAGCAAAUUUAAAGCAUCGAGAAAAAAUUAA